UUUAUUCAAUUGUUAGGUUACAAGAGGAAAUAAUGUUUUUAAAUGUGGUGCUUCUUUCGUGCGCUUUGCUGUUUAAAUGUGAUGCUGGGUUCGUGGACAAUCUGCCAAAAUGCAGCAUAAAAGACGACGAAUGCAUGAGAGCACUUUUCCAAAAAUCUGUUCGUGACAUCGGCAAAGAAGGGGUUCCUGAAUUAGAUAUAGAUCCCAUAGAUCCCAUGCACAUAGCAAAUGUUUCCGUGACAGUAAUGGAUGCGAUCAAAUUAAUUUUAUCCGAGGGAGUUGUUAAGGGAAUCAGUCACUGCCAAUUCAAUUCAUUUCACGUUGACUUGGAAAAACAAACUGGCACUCAAGACAUCACAUGUGACCUAACUCUUAAAGGUUCGGUUUCCUUCGGGGGUUCAAGUCCAACAAUUCAAAGCCUUCUUGGAACUUCUUCAAUUGAAGGCCAUGGAAAGGGAAAAGUGAAACUCGAAAAAGUACAUGUCAACUUCGUUUUCCCGUUCUACCCGUUCAAGAAAGAAGAUGGCGAAAUUUAUUUCAAGGUUUUAAACAAAAACAUCAAACACAAGUAUAGUAUUGAAAAAGCUACUUUGAGUGCCGAGAAGGUUUUUCUUGGAAAGGAUGACAUAAGUCAAUUAAUAGUUCCAUAUUUCAACUCCAAUUGGAAAACAUUGAUGAAGAGCUUCGGUCAAGUGUUCGUCGACAAAGCUAGAGAUUACUACUUCGAUUUUGCAACGAAGUUCUUCGAGGGCAUCCCCACCAAUAAAUACAUCAUCGAGGAUCUAGCACCUUAUGUAAAAAACUAAAAUAGAAAAAUGCUGUGAUUAGUACAUAUAAGUGAUAAAUAAAAUGAAUACCAAAUAUUACCUA